AUGGAACUUUCAAAAGGAAAAGUUAUUAUUGAAAAAGAUAUAAAUGAACACACCAUAGAUGACGAAGUGUUUAUGUUUGAACCUGACAUUGAUGAUGUGUAUGAUAAGAAUACGAAUUUACGGUUUAUAUUUCAUAAUACAUUUAUAACAUCAGAAGAAGAAAUAGCUAUAAGUGAAUUUAGAAAAUAUUGUAAGAGUAGAUGCUUAAAAAUUAAUAAAAUAUAUUUCGAAAAUGAAUGCUUACGUUAUUUAUAUUCAGCACAAUUUGAUUUUUCUAAAGCCAUGGAAUUAAUAAAAAGUAAUUAUGAAUUUCGGUUAUCAUCUAUUUUACCAAUAAAAGAAAAAGAUGUGAUAUUUUAUAUAAAUAAAGGAGUUAUGUAUUGGCAUGGGAGAGAUAAAAAAUGUAGGCCAAUAUUAAUUAUUAAUUUAUUAAAAGUUGAAUUAUUAAGUAUUGAUGAUUUAUCUAAUUUAUUUUUUUUCUGUUUUGAAUUUUUUUUAAAAUAUUUAUGUAUCCCAGGAAAAAUAGAAAACUAUAUAUCAAUAAUUGAUUGUUCUGGUAUAUCUAUAUCAAAAUUCCCUAUGACAACAUUUAUGAAAUUGUUAGAAAUUAUGAAUUCUAAAUAUAGAUGUAGAUUAUUUAGAAUGUAUAUUCUUGAGGCACCUAAAAUUUUAAAAACAUUUGGAAAAUCAUUUCUAAAUUUUGCACCUACCUAUAUGACGAAAAAAUUAAAAAUAUUAGAUAACAAUUAUGCAGAUUAUUUAAGAGAAGAAAUAUUAUCAACUCAAUUAGAAAAAAAAUAUGGAGGAAUUCAGGACGAUAAAAUUAAUAAUUUUUAUCCUUUCCACUUUUAUCCAAGUUGUUAUAUAUCACAACAACAAAAAAGGAAAACUCAAGAUAAUAAAGCAGUUAUCGAAAAAAAAAUAAAUAUUUUUAAUAAUGAUCAUAUUUAUAAUAUAUUUCUAUCUGGUUAUUCUAUGCAUGUAAUAUUAGUGCCGAAGGAUCAAAGGAUAAUUGAUAAUCAUCGGUAUAGUGAUAUUCUAAUAAAUGAUUCAAAUUCUGCAAAUUUGGAAAGGAGCGCAUGUAUAGAAGGAGAUACUAGUGAUAACCAUAAGGAAGAUGCAGAUAUUGUCAAGCAAAAUGUACACGAGGAUAUGGUAAAAAGUAUGAGUAUUGACAGCUUAAAACAAAUUAGUAGUGAUAACUUAAAACAAAUUAGUAGUGAUAACUUAAAACAAAUUAGUAGUGAUAACCUAAAACAUAUUGGCAGCGAUAACCUAAAACAUAUUGGCAGCGAUAACCUAAAACAUACUGUUAGCGAUAACUUAAAACAUAUUAACAGCUAUAACUUCAAACAUAUUAGUAGCGAUCACCAUAAUAACUAUUAUCAUAAGAGGAAAAAGAAAAAGAAAAAAAAACAUAUCAUUUUAAAUGAAGAGGAAUUAUUAUUACAACAGCAAUUUGUGAAUUAUAUGAAAAAUGAAGAAUAUGAUAUUGAAAAUGUUCAUAUUUUGAAAAAUAAUAAAUUUAUAAAUUUUAAAAAUAAAUAUGUUGUACAUAUUGAUAGUAUACAUAAAUGGAUUUUUAAAAUAAAAAAUUUAUUUUUAUCAAAUAUAACAAUUAAUUAUAUUACGAAACGAUUCCCAUUUUUAAAAAAUGUUAUACUUGUCAAAUCGAAUUUUAAAUGUAUAAAUGAGUAUAUAAAAUAUUUGAAAGAAAAUGUACCACCUCAAAUUAGUACUUCUCAUCAGAUUGUUUCUACAAAUAAUGAAUAUAAUGAAGAGGAUAAUCACAAAAAUAAAAGUAAUAUAAUAAUAAAAAAUAAUAUGAAUGAAAAGGAAGCAGAAAUCAAAAAGGAAAGGUUAUAUAAUAAUCCUUCUACAGAUAAAAUAAUAAAUAAAUUUGAAAAUAUUCAACGCUUAAGUAGUUGUAAAUAUGUAGAUGAUAUGAAGGAAGAAUAUAAUAAUAAUAUAAAAAUAGGGCAUCAUAAACAUGAUCCAAAUAUCAUAUUAAAAACAGAAAAAGGUGUAAAUAUAAAAAAAAAAAAAAAAAAAAUUGAAAUAAUGGAAAAUAAAAAUAAAAAUAAGAACAAAAAUAAAAUAUCACAUGAUAAUACUUCAAAAGAAUAUAAUUAUCCAGAGGUCAAUAUAUAUAAUAACUGUGAAUCUAUUUUUGAUGAAUAUAUAAAAACUUCAUCGAUGGACAAAAAUAAAAAAAAAGGUUUUAAAGAGGAAAAUAAUGACAAUAAUAAUAAUAACACCAAUAUUGAUAAUAAUGAUAAUAAUAUCGAUAAUAAUGAUAAUAAUGUCGAUAAUAAUAUUGAAAAUAAUGAUAAUAAUAAUAUGAUAAUGGUGAUGAAGAAAAAGAACGGUGAACCUGAGAAUCCUUGUGGUGAUAAAGCAAAUUUAAAAAAAAAAGGAAUAGAAAAUGUUAAACAAAAACAUAAAGAGGUGGAAAUUAGUGAAGAACAAGGGAAAUUAAAACAAAGCAGUGAAACAAAAGGACGUUUAAAACAACCACAUAAAAUUAAGGUAACAGAUAGAUUAUUUAAAGAAAGAGAAGAUAUGGAAAAAAAUGAGAAAAGAGAAUAUAUAGAAAAAAAAAUUUUAAGUAAAGUAACUAUGAAUUUCUCCCCAUGUGAUAAGGAGACACAGAGUAAAAAGAAUAAGAAAAAGAAAAAAAAAGAAAUAAAUGAUGUAAAUUUUAUUUCUAUGCGUAAAGAUGAAUUGAGCAAUAUAUUAUCCAAAGAAUAUGUGGAAAAAAGUAAUAUUAAUUGUGAUAAUAUGACAUGUGAAAGUAAUACAAUUUGUGAUAAUUCAAAAAGUGAAAAUUAUAUACCUUUAGAUAAUAAGACAAAUAAUAAUAAAAAAAGUGCUAUUAGUAUAAAAUCCAUAUUUCCAAAAAGAUUUGAUCAUGCGCUUUCAAAAUAUAAAAAAUAUUCUACAACAUCUAUAAGUACUAGAUUAUCUAGGAGUUCAUAUAAUAAAUUCGUUUCAGAUGAUAAAAAUGAAGAAAACAAUUUUGAUAAUAUUGUUAUAAAUGAUUCAUAUCAAAAUAAGGUCAGUUUCUUUAGUCAAGUUUCUUUAUCAACAGGAAAUAUAACUAAUACUGUUGAUUUGGAUACAAAUAAAAAUGAAAAAAAAAACGAUGUGAAUUUCAAGUCUACAAUUGUCGAUAAUUCCAAUAAACCUGUAAAUCCAGAGGUGCCUGAAAAAAAAAGUAGAAAAAAGUUGAGUAAAAUUAAAAUUAUCGGUCUUCAAUUUUUUAAUAAACAAUCGUCAAGGAGAUAA